AUGAAGGCGAAUCGUAAUGUUUCUCUCCGGGGUUGUCUUUCGGUUCUUGUUCCUUACAGAAGACAUCAUGUCAAAAAGUAUCACCAGUGGAUGGAGAGCGAAGAGCUUCGACGACUGACAGCAUCUGAAAGAUUGACUCUCUACGAAGAGUUCGAAAUGCAGAAACAGUGGCAGAAGGACGAAGACAAAUGUACGUUCAUAAUACUGGCAAAGAGUUUGGUCGACUCCGGCGUUACCGAGACGGCAUGCAUGGUCGGAGACGUGAACCUGUUUCUGAACGCGAUUUGUGACGAUCCGGAUUCCGAUGAUUCUCGGAGGACGGCGGAGCUCGAAAUCAUGAUCGCUGAGAAGGCGUUCCGACACAAAGGCUUUGGUAAGGAAGCGGCGAUACUGAUGAUGGUGUUCGCGGUCGAGGUGUUGCGGAUCGGCAGGUUUUACGUCAAGAUCAACCGCAACAAUGUGGUCAGUAUCCAGAUGUUCGACAAGCUGGGCUUUACGUUCGUCAGUCGGGACGAGUACUUCAACGAAGUACUGAUGAGGCUUGAUCUGCGGUGUGAAGUGGCCAGAUCUCUGGCUGUACGACACCACUAUGAGUGCGUUGACGACUACCCGCCAGACCGGACGUCUCAUCCGAGCGUUUGA